AUGGCGGGUCGGACGAUGAUGGUCGCUGGCAGUUUGAAGCUCGCCAGACAAGACCGCAUGCCAGGUGUCCUGAAGGCGGCACGCAGCGCACCUCCCGGACUCCUUGCCGCUGUCGCGGCGCUGUCACCUGGGCUUCGCGAAACAGAAGCAUGCUUGCGCAGCAUCGAAGAAGAGAAAGAAGACAUGGCUUCUACAGGAUUGCUGGCUGACGGCACCUCUGCUGCCGCCUCAGUGGAAGCACAGUGGCAGACGGCCUCUGCUGGGCGUUGGCUGCAGCUGGUUCCGCACCAGAGUUCGCUGCCACCGCGCCCUCGACCGUCCCCACCACCACGAAAGCAGCCAGAUGUGCCAGACGGCUUCCGAAGUGCUGGACCCGGGGAGCAGCUCUGGAUCUCCGAGGACGGCCGUCAGGCUCGACAUUUGGAUGACACGGGUGAGGAGAUGCAUGGCGUGCUGAUUGGAACUCGGCCGCUGGUGCUGGGCCGAGCCGGGGUGUACUUCGAGGUGGCCUUAGAGGAGGUGCGGCCGGGCGAAAGUCUCGACGGGCUCACGGUGGGUGUCACCACGACGCACCCGGAAGAUGUGACCAAUGUGCCGGCUACCGCGGAGCACAUCUCAGAGACGUGGAGCGUGGGCUAUGAUGGGCAGAUGUGGGACUGCAAGAGUGCCAGCCUCACGCAGGUGGGUUGGGAUCCGCGAUCGCUGAUGGAAGGCGACAUCAUCGGCGUGCUCGUUACUGCUAAGGAAGGCGAACUCAUUGUCUUUCGGAAUGGUACUGCCGUCUGCGCAGGACCCCGAUCCAUCCCUCGAGAUGUUGAGCUCUACGCCGUCGUUGACUUGCUCGGCGCUGCCCGGGCUGUGCGCUGGGUCUGCGACGCGUCGCCGCCGGGCCAGUGA